AUGGUCCACAUCCCAUCCACAGCCGCAGGCCUCGUCGCCCUCGCCGCCACGACAGUCGCCUCGGCAACCGCACCGAAGCUCAACACCUGGCCUCAGCAUAACUACGGCGGCUGGUACAACCACACCGACGGCGACGUCACCACCUACGGCGCCCCCGAAUUCCGCGACGCCGGCCCGCUGUCCAUCCACAAGGCCAGCUUCUCCUUCCUCUUCAACGGCGCCGACCCGGCCUACGCCGGCCUCUACGUCCUGUCCUCGGGCGAGGACUUCAUCACCGACUACGAGGUCGUCGGCCACGCCUGGGGCAGACCCUCCGUCACCGGCAAGGUGUGCGGCGCCAAGGGCAACUUCACCUUUGUGCAACUGUUCGGCCCCGACGGCCUGCCCAACACAAAAAGCACCACCGACACCAUGUUCAUUGACGUCAGCGCUGCCAGGAAUAAUGCCUCGCGGGCCGUCAUCAACGAGGUCUGGCCCGUCUGGGUUGGAGACGACAUCUUUUACCCGAACAACACCUCUCCUUGCCCGGCUCCUACCGCCAAGACCAAGAGGUGGUCUGCUUAG